AUGUUGGGAAUUGGUCAGACAGCUAAAGUAGUGAAUGCUAGAGAUGCUCAGGGUUGGAAGCUUCGGAAGUGUUGUGGUCGAGUUAUGCAACAGAUCAUCGAGAAAACUAAAUGUAUUCCCCCUCCCAGUCCAGAGGCUGGCAGGGAUCGUCCUCUCUGGAAGCAAAGUCAGGGACAAUAUGAAGAGAAGUUUGCAUCGAAAGCUACCUGGGAGCAGCUUCGAUCAACUCAUGAUGUGGUGGAGUGGUUCAGCAUUGUUUGGUUUCCUCAAGCUCUUCCUCGCCAGGCGUUCAUCACUUGGUUAGCUUGUAGGAAUAGGCUGGAUACGGGAGAUAGAAUAAGACAGUAG